CGGAAAUUUGUCAUUUCUCUCCUCGAGAAAAAGUGACAGCAAAAAGGAAAGACAAUUGACUCUACUUAUCAAAUUUGGAAUGCAGCACUGGGUAUGUGGAGACCCCAUAGAUACACAUCGAUAUCAGUACCUUUAGGAUGUGUUGCUGGUUAAUGACAUGCAUGAUGGCGUGCUUUGCAGUCCCGGCAAGGGCCAACGUACAAGACACUAGAAGCUCUAAUGCUAAAGCCGCUGCUGAUGAUAUGAUUUAUGACGGAAAUUUGUCGUUUCUCUCCUCGAGAAAAAGUGAUAGCAAAAAGGAAAGACAAUUGAUCCGAAGGCGCCUGCAGUUGAUGCUGUACAACAUCAUGUACCGCAUGAUGUUUGAUGCAAAAUUUGAGUCGCAGAACGAUCCGUUGUUCAUUGAGGCCACCAAAUUCAACGAACAGAGCCGGUUGGCGCAGAGCUUUGACUACAACUAUGGAGACUUCAUACUGUUGCUGAGGCCUUUGUUGAAAGGGUACCUGAAAAAGUGCAGGGAUUUGCAGAGCAAAAGAGUUGCAUUUUUUAACAGUUAUUAUGUUGAGAAGAGAAGGAAAGUAAUGGCUGAAAAUGGACAGAAACGCAAGUUAAGCUGUGCAAUUGAUCAUAUCAUAGAUGCUCAAAUUGAAGGUGAAAUCAGUGAAGAGAAUGUCCGGUAUAUAGUGGAGAACAUCAAUGUAGCAGCAAUAGAAACUACUCUAUGGUCUAUGGAAUGGGCUAUUGCUGAGCUAGCCAAUCAUCCAGCCAUCCAGUGCAAGAUCCGGGACGAAAUCUCAACUGUGCUUAAUGGGCAGAGAGUGACAGAAUCCAACCUGCAUCAACUCCCAUACCUACAGGCCACAGUGAAAGAGACACUGAGGCUUCACACUCCAAUUCCUUUGUUGGUUCCACAUAUGAAUCUUGAAGAAGCUAAGUUAGGAGGAUAUACUAUACCUAAAGAAUCAAAGGUCGUGGUGAACGCCUGGUGGCUAGCGAACAAUCCAGCAUGGUGGAAGAACCCCAACGAAUUCCGACCAGAGCGGGUCAUGGAGGAGGAGAGCAGCGCAGAGGCGCUGGCGGAAAAGGACUUCCGGUUCUUGCAGUUUGGCAUGGGGCGGAGGAGCUGCCCCGGAAUCAUUCUUGCAUUACCAAUUCUCGGCCUGGUGAUUGUGAAGAUGGUCUCAAAUUUCGAAAUCCAGGCUCCUCCAGAAGUGGACAAGGUUGAUGUGAGUCAAAAGGGAGGGCAGUUCAGUUUGCACAUUGCAAAACAUUCUCUACCGUUGUGUUCAAGCCCAUCAAAGCAUAAAGACCGUCCUUGUCGUAAUGUACAGUGGCACAAUAUCCCAAUGAAGUCCAAGGACUCGAUCUAUUUUCUCUGGAUAUCUUUUCAGUAUCUGGGGUUGCCAAAUAUAAUGUAUGAACCAAAUUUGUAGUCUUCAUACUUACCGUUUUAUCUUGUCAAUCUGGGAUUGUAUCAUAAUGGUCAAUCUUAUUCUGCAUGCAUCGGUGAGCAAAGUAACCUGUUCCAGUAUUGAACUGUAUAUUCCACUUGAAAUUACUACAGAUUUUAUUCAACUUUGAUUGAUUA